CCGCUACCGUCAGCCAAUGAAAAGCGCCGGAAGUAGGUGGCCGCUCCCGGCCCAAGAUGGCGGAUAUCCACCGCGAGCUGCAGGAGUACCUGGCACAAGGGAAAGCGGGCGCGCCGGCGGACGCGGAGCCACUGCUCGCCGCGGAAAAGUCGGAGGAACCCGAGGCGGGGGCAUGGCUGGACCGCGCGGGCCUGCGCUGGGCGUGGGCGCGGAGCUCCGCGGAGCCGGAGGCGGGUCCGGCGUGCCUGCCGAAUGUGACACGCACGCAACAGCUGGCGGCAAGUGGCGUGUGUCUGCUGCUGGCCACGCUCUGCUUUGGCCUGGCCGCGCUCUAUGCGCCCGUGCUGCUGCUGCGCGCCCGCAAGUUCGCGCUGCUCUGGUCGCUGGGUUCGGCGCUGGCGCUGGCCGGAGGCGCGAUCCUGCGGGGCGGCGCGGCGUGCAAGCGCCUUCUGCGCGGCGAGGAGGCGCCGUCGCGGACUACGCUGCUCUACGCGGCUGCGCUGGGCACCACGCUGUACGCCGCCUUGGGCUUGCGCAGUACGCCGCUGACGGUUCUGGGCGCCUGCGCGCAGGUGGCCGCGCUGUUGGCCGCGCUGAUUGGCCUGCUUCCACGAGGCGCGAGCACUGCGCUCCGCCUGGCGCUCGGGCGGCUGGGCUCCGGCAGCCGCCUGGCCAGGGCGCUGCCAGUGUGACACCUGGACGCGGGAGCAGGGACGACGCCCACUGCCCCUGGGGUGCGCGGAAAGCGGACCACGUGCUGUUUGGAAGAUGCUCAAUUCUGGCUUUUUGUUCUGACUCAAUGGCUUGUGCUGUGGGAACGAGAUGUGGUCAUUGAGUUGAUGUGCAAUGAAACGUACAUGAAUUAUUCUUGCGUUAACCGUGGUCUUACCUGAGCUCAGUAAAAAAAAAAAAAAAAAAA